AUGGCCACGCUAGGGUCCGAAGUAGCGCAGACCGUCCUCACGGUACCGAUGGAAAAAGGCGAGCAUGAACGCCGCUUUGGGCUUACCUCGCCAUGGGAACACUAUUACCAUCCCAUGGAUACCUUCCCCCAAGGUCGAUUCGAGUGCGAAUUAGAUGAGGUGGUUGUCUUUGGCGACAUCCCCAAGGACAUUAGCGGUACCUGGUACCGUAUCUUGGUCGAUCCUCACUUCUGCCCACAAGAAGGAAUUCCUUUUGUCGACGGCGACGGGCAUGUAUGUGCCUUUCGCAUCCAGGACGGCAAAAUGUCCAUGAAAAUCAAAUAUGUCCACACGGAGAGAUGGCUCCUUGAGCGCAAGGCCGGUCGACGUCUUUUUGGUCGCUACAGGAACCCCUACGAUAACCACCCGUGUGUGCGGCUUGCCAACGACACGACUGGCAACACCAAUAUCAUCUACUGGGGCGGCAACGUCCUCGCCCUGGCGGAGAGGGGAUUACCCUACGCUCUUGACCCGGACACGCUCGAGACUAGAGGCGCUGAUCCGUAUGGAGGCCAGGUAGCUGCAAAGACGUUUGCGGCCCAUCCCAAGGUCGACCCGCACAAGAACGAGCUCGUCACUUGGAGCUAUUCUGCCAAGGGUCUCAGUACUCGGGACAUUUGCACUUACUCGAUUGAUCCCGAGGGACGCAUCUCCAAUGAACACUGGUUUCAGCAGGACAAGGCUGGCUGGCCACAUGAUGGCUGGAUCACAGACAACUGGAUCAUACUCUCCAAUAUGCCAUUCGGUGUGAAUUCUGACGAGGUGAUGAAGGCUGGCGGUGACUACUGGCAUUUCAUUCCAGGCCAGCCGUCCGAGUUCCUCGUGGCUCCCCGCUACGCAAAUGCGCCAGGUCAUCCUGACUGGAAAGCGGGUGAGUUCCGUAAAUAUACUGCCCCGCACGGCCUAAUCAUCCACUGCGGUAACGCGUGGGAAGAGGAAGGCGGUUUACUCAAGCUCGAGAGCCAUUUUGUCUCAUUCAACGUCUUUGACUUUUGGAAUCCAAAGGACUAUACCGGCCCCGAGGGACGGCCGAGCGGCGACUGGAAACGCUGGACCAUUGAUCUCUCCCAGCCAGAAGGCACCGCGGUGCCUCCACCCGAGACGUUGGCCGCGGGCACUUUUGAUUUCCCCAUCUUUGACGAGAGAAGAACGGGCCGCAAGACCAAGAUUGUCUACUUGACCGCCAUGCUUGUGCCCGAGGAAGCGGGUAUCCAGCCCCGCUUCAACGCCAUCAUCCGACUCGACACGGAGACGGGCGACCAAGCCGUCUUCCGCGCCCCAAGCGACGGCAGCGUCGCGGAGCCGGCCUAUAUACCCCGAGGGCCCGACUGCGACGAGGGCGACGGCUGGAUCAUCUUCUACACUCAGCGAGACUCGUCCCCCAAGGGGGAGCUCAUGAUCCUCGACACGCGGGAUUUCUCCAAGCCGGUGGCGAUUGCGCUGCUCCCUUUCCCGACCAAGAACCAGGUCCAUGGAAACUGGGUGCCAAACCCGCAUCCCGAGACGCCUCUGCCCAUGUUGACGAGCCCCGUGGAAGAUGUCACGCCUACUACAAAGUACUCACAGCUGACUAAGCUUCCGUAA